UCCAUCGGAACAAUUAUUUAUUUCAGUUCAGGGUUCCUCGUCUCUUUUUUUUUUGAAAAAGAAUAAAAAAAGGGGGAGGGUGUGGGGAGAAAUGACAAGAAGAUAUUGGAACAUAAAUUUGGAAGAGAUGAUGGAGGCAGGAGUUCAUUUUGGUCAUGGUACUAGGAAAUGGAAUCCUAAAAUGGCGCCUUAUAUCUCGGCAAAGCGUAAGGGUAUUCAUAUUACAAAUCUUACUAGAACUGCUCGUUUUUUAUCAGAAGCUUGUGAUUUAGUUUUUGACGCAGCAAGUAGGGGAAAACAAUUCUUAAUUGUUGGUACCAAAAAUAAAGCAGUUGAUUCAGUAGAGUGGGCUGCAAUAAGGGCCCGGUGUCAUUAUGUUAAUAAAAAAUGGCUUGGCGGUAUGUUAACGAAUUGGUCCACUACAGAAACAAGACUUCAUAAGUUCAGGGACUUGAGAAUGGAACAAAAAACAAGGAGACUCAAUCGUCUCCCGAAAAGAGAUGCAACUAUGUUGAAAAGACAAUUAUCUCGCUUGCAAACAUAUCUGGGCGGGAUUAAAUAUAUGACAGGGGUACCCGAUAUUGUAAUCAUCGUUGAUCAGCACGAAGAAUAUACGGCCCUGCGAGAGUGUAUUACUUUAGGAAUUCCAACAAUUUGUUUAACCGAUACAAAUUGUGACCCCGAUCUCGCAGAUAUUUCAAUUCCAGCGAAUGAUGACGCCAUAUCCUCAAUCCGAUUAAUUCUUAACAAAUUAGUAUUCGCAAUUUGUGAGGGUCGUUCUAGCUAUAUAAGAAAUCCUUGAUUAAUAAUAACAUAAUAAGAUAAAUAACUUACUUCAGAAAUCCCUUAUGGAAUCGCUUACUAUUUCUGAAUUUCAAAAAAGAG